AUGCUCACUUCUAAUCAGAUUUUUCUUAUUUCGAUACUAAUUAUAGGACGAGAUUUCACCACAGCAUUUUCAACAAGAAAUUUCGACUGCGGACCUUAUGGCUUCAUUUGCGAAGGCGUCAAUAGAAUAAGACUUUGCGAGGGGGACAACCUAUUGGGCCCAGCUUUUAAUUGCCCGGCAAACACCGUUUGCAACGAAGACUCUAGUGAUGUUUGCGAAAAUACUAUAAAUUAUAUUGACCCAGCCAUAAGCCGCACGUGCGUGGAGAAUCUACUG